AUGUCUUUUGGGCCGCGUUCAUGUUGACGGAAGUAGACGUGGAGUUUUCGGAUUGUGCAGCGGCUCGGCUGGAAACGUUGACAUUUCUGUCAAGUUUAGCCGCUUCUCGUUUUUUGUUUGUUUGUUGUUUGUUUGUUGUUAUGUUUUAUCACCGUGGUUUAAAAACAGUUUCCCGUGUAAUGUUAUGGCUGUAACACUGGGGUUGAUUAGUUAGCUAACUGGCUAAAUUAGCUCGAGCUAUGUCAUUCAUAGUCGUGCACUUAGAAGUUGCGAAACAGCAUGAAAGAAGCGUCGUGUGAACAAAUACGAGCCUCGGUAGUAGGGUAACGGAGACCAGCAUGAAUAUUUGUGAGUCUGGGUUUGUUCAGUGAUAGGAAGAGUUCAUUAUAUCGUAGUAAAAGUUGACAGGGACGCUUUGACUCUUGUCCAUCUGUCACAGAUUCAUUACUGUAAGUAGGAGUUUCCAAAAAAAAAAUGUCUCCAGUCCCUUUGCUUCCCCUCAUCAUCAACUGUUGCAUGUCUGUUCUGGGAUGUUUUGCAACACUCAAGCUUAUUCCAGCCUUCAAGGACCAUUUCAUAUCUGCCAGACUAUAUGGCAAGGACAUGAACAAAACAACAAAGAAUGAAGUCCCCGAAUCUCAAGGUGUGAUCAGUGGCACAGUUUUUCUCAUCAUCCUAUUCCUCUUCAUCCCUGUGCCUUUCCUCAGCUGCUUUGUAGGAGAGCAGUGUCAGCGUUUCCCUCAUAACGAGUUUGUGGAGCUGAUUGGUGCGCUGUUAGCCAUCUGCUGCAUGAUCUUCCUCGGCUUUGCUGACGACGUGCUCAACCUGCGAUGGAGACACAAGCUGCUGCUGCCCACUAUGGCCUCAUUGCCUCUCCUCAUGGUCUACUUCACCAACUUCGGCAACACCGUAAUAGUAGUUCCCAAACCGUUCCGAGCCCUGCUGGGGAUGCAUCUCGAUCUGGGUAUCCUGUAUUAUCUUUAUAUGGGAAUGCUGGCUGUGUUCUGCACGAACGCUAUCAACAUCCUGGCUGGGAUCAAUGGCAUCGAGUCCGGCCAGGCUCUCUUCAUCUCCGCGUCCAUCAUCAUUUUCAACAUACUGGAGCUAAAUGGAGACUACAGAGAUGACCAUGUUUUCUCUUUGUACUUCAUGAUCCCGUUCUUUUUCACCACACUUGCUCUUUUCUACCACAACUGGUACCCUUCGUCUGUGUUUGUAGGCGACACCUUCUGUUACUUCGCUGGCAUGACUUUCGCCGUGGUCGGGAUCCUCGGCCAUUUCAGCAAAACCAUGCUGCUCUUCUUCAUCCCUCAAGUCAUAAACUUUAUCUAUUCUUUGCCGCAGCUCUUCCAUAUAGUUCCGUGUCCUAGACAUCGCCUGCCCAGAUUACAGUCUGACACCGGAAAGCUUGGGAUGAGCUACUCAAAGUUUAAAAAGAAGAACCUUGGACAAUUAGGACAGCUCAUACUGAAAGUGGCAGAAACAUUACUGCUGCUGGAUGUGCGAAGAGGUCAGGACGGAGAUGAUGAGUUCAUCGAGUGCAAUAACAUGACUCUAAUAAAUCUAGUGCUCAAAAUACUCGGGCCCACACACGAAAGAAACCUCACAGCCAUUAUGCUGUUAAUACAGGUCAUUGGGAGCGUGAUCGCAUUUGGAAUUCGGUAUCAUUUGGUUCGACUCUUCUAUGAUGUCUAGCAGCAAGCCAAGAGAAUGCAUAGGAGCAAGAAGAAUGUUCCAGUUCCUUACUUUAAAACAAAAAACAAAAACAUUAACAGUUAUGAUGGUUUAAAAGCUUGUUUCUGGUUUAAAAGCUUGUUACCACCUACACAUGGAUUAUGGAUUUGGUUUACUACAGUCCUAAUUUCUGUGUGUCAGGAAACGGACACUGAAAGAAUGUAUUCUAUAGAAACUUGCAUAAUUAAAGAAAGGACAAGGAGUUGAGUUUAA